CGGCUGAGCCAUGGCUGACCCGCUGUCCUCAUCCGUCUUGGAUGAGCUCAACACGGCGGAAGCAAAGGCCCUGCACGAGAUUACGCACAAACUCAGCUCCUGCGGCGUCGGCAAAAUUGUCAACCUGCCCCAAAUCAUCGUCGUCGGCGAGCAGUCUGCCGGCAAGUCCUCUGUCCUCGAGGCCAUUUCGCGCGUGCGCUUCCCGGUGCACAACGACAUAUGCACGAGGUUCGCCACGGAGCUCGUGCUCCGACAAGGGCGCCAGACGUGCGUGGACGUCAGCGUCUGCUUCGACGACAAGUCCAAGGCGCCAAAGGCGUUCCAGAAGACAGGUUUCAAUGAGGAUGACCUGCCUGACAUCAUCCAGGAGGCGAAAGCCUGCAUGGGCAUCGCCGCCAGCGGCAAGGACUUCUCCAGGGACGUGCUGCGCCUCGAGAUUGAGGGCCCCAACAUGUACCCGCUCACGUUGGUUGAUCUCCCUGGCAUCUUUCACGUUUCCACGGACCAGCAGUCCGAGCCGGGCAGGGAAACCGUCAACAAGAUCGUCGAGAGCUACAUGAAGAAGAAGAACAGCAUCAUCCUAGUCGUUAUCCCAGCGAGCAACCAGCUCGCCAACAACUACGCCCUCAAGGUGGUCAUGGAGGUCGACCCGAAGCGGGAGCGGACCCUUGGAGUCAUAACCAAGCCCGACUGCACCCGGUCGGGCAGCUCAGAGGAGCGAAGGUACAUCCAGCUGGCGAAGAACCAGGAGACUACCCAUAGGCUCAAGCUCGGAUGGCACGUACUGCGAAACAGGUCGGAAGACGAGGAGGACCUGAACGACCGCGAUGCCGUCGAGGAGGCAUUCUUCCAGGACUCGGCCUGGGGUUCAAUCUUCCCUGAAGACCGCGGAAUCGCGAACCUUCGCAAGAAGUUGAGCAAGGUCCUCUACAAGCACAUCCGAGAGAACCUACACGGGGUCAUCGACGACAUCGAAGGUAAGCUGCGGGAGCGGCAGACGGAGUUGGGCCGACUUGGACGCCCCAGAUCCAAGCCAGAGGAGAUGAGAUCGUUUCUCCUCACCAUCGCGGGAGAGUUCCAGCGACUUGCGCGCGAUGGCAUCCACGGACAGUACAGCGACCCUUUCUUCGGAGAUUUGGACGCCAUGGAGAACAAGUUUCGCGCCCUAUUGCGGAACCUCAAUCGCGCAUUCGACUUUGUCCUCACCACCAAGGGGUCCACGCUUGCCAUUUCUCUGCUCGAAAACGGCGAGGACCUACCGCCGGUCGAGGCGCCAGAAUUUCUCACGCCCUUCCUCGGAGCAUACGCCUAUGACUUCCCGGACCCGACGCCCGUCAGCAGACAGACCGUCAACAAGCAGCUCCGGCGACAGGCGGCAUCCAACCAGGGCCGGGAGCUCCCAGGGCUGCCGAGCCAAGCGCUCGUCACGCAGCUGUUCCAGAAGCAGGCCCUGCCCUGGGGGGACAUUGCCCGGACGCACGUCAGGCAGGUCACGCUCGUGGCCAAGGCGUUUGUCGACCAGCUGUUCCGCCACGUCAUCGGCCCGCCGGACGCGAGCGCUACCACAGAGGCGAUCCUGCGCGUCUGCGUCGACCGCUUCUUCGCAGAGAAAGAGAAGGCGCUGCGGGACAAGAUGGACGAGCUCCUGCGCCCGUACGCGCGGGGCUACGCCAUGCCCCUUGAUUCCGAGUUCCACCGCGUGAGGCUCGAGAGGUCGAGGAGUCAGGUCGCCAUGGCGGUGGGCAGGCUGCUCGACGCCCACGAGGACGUUACCAGUGCCCGCUGGAAGGACGCGGCGCGGGACACGGUCUCGAAAAUCGUCAUGGACGAAGAAGGCGCGCUGGGAUCCGAGUUUGGGACAGAGGUCGUCAUCGACAUGAUGGAGACGUAUUACGAAAUGUCGCUGCGCACGUUCACCGACAAUGUCGUCAACCUAGCCAUAGAAGGCUGUCUUGUCUGCGACAUACCCGACAUCCUGACGCCGACAAAGGUGGUCGGCAUGACCGACGAAGAGCUCGAAGAGCUGGCGGCGGAGACUGACGACGCGCAGUCUCGCAGGGACCACCUCCAGGCCGAGCUUGACAUUCUCCGCGAGGGUCUCGAGCAGUGUCGAAAGUACAAGCCGAGAGACUUUACCGUAGUCCAAUCGGCUCGCCCAGCGCCCGCUGCACCAUCACUGCAGCUUGUUGCUACAGCCGGUAUGCAAGACAAACCUGCCGACUCGCAACGUGUCGACGACCCAGGAUUCCUGGUCCUUUGGUGCAAGUCGGACACCUUCUGAGGAACGUCAAGCAAAGGCACCCAAAGAGCCAGCUCAGACCGAGAAGCCGGCGGCUUCAACUGAGUUAUCCGGUUCGUUUGGCCCGAAACCCUUCGGCUCGAGCACCGCUCUGUCAGGCAGCCAGGCCGCGAAUACCCCUUCCUCCGGUGGGUUUGGUUUCGGGCCCCCGCCUGCUUCUUCGGCUAUGUCUCCUUUCGGUGAUCCAUCUGCUUCUUCUUCACCCAGGGUCCGGGUCCGCCUCCCGGCAGCCACGGCACCGCCACAACCACCAGGUGGUAGCCUCUUCGGGACCGGGGCUAACCUGGCG